AUGCCUUCGGAGACACCCCAGGUGAAAGAGGGGUCUGCAGGGUGCCCCCACCACCUGGGGAAUGGGAGCCCAGAGAGGGGGCCUCCAGGGGACAAGGAGGCCAAGGAACAUCUGUGGACCCGGCCUGACAUCCCCAGCAGGUGCACCUGGCAGCUGGGCAGGCCCACCACGGACUCCCCGCACCACCACGCCUCUCACCUGGAGGCUCUGACAAAUUCUCCAAAAAUCUUGCCAGAUAUUCUGAGGAAAAUUGGGAACACCCCGAUGGUCAGGAUCAACAAGAUCGGGAAGAGCGCUGGCCUCAAAUGCGAGCUCUUGGCCAAGUGUGAGUUCUUCAACGCGGGCGGGAGUGUGAAGGACCGCAUCAGCCUGCGCAUGAUUGAGGACGCCGAGCGCGAUGGGACCCUGAAACCCGGGGACACGAUCAUUGAGCCGACAUCUGGGAACACAGGGAUCGGGCUGGCGCUGGCUGCGGCCGUGAAGGGCUAUCGCUGCAUCAUCGUGAUGCCCGAGAAGAUGAGCAUGGAGAAGGUGGAUGUCCUGCGGGCCCUGGGGGCGGAGAUCGUGAGGACGCCCACCAACGCCAGGUUCGACUCCCCCGAGUCCCAUGUGGGCGUGGCAUGGCGGCUGAAGAACGAGAUCCCCAAUUCCCACAUCCUGGACCAGUACCGCAAUGCCAGCAACCCCCUGGCCCACUACGACGCCACCGCGGAGGAGAUCCUGCAGCAGUGUGAUGGGAAGCUGGACAUGCUGGUGGCUACUGUGGGCACGGGGGGCACGAUCACAGGCAUCGCCAGGAAGCUGAAGGAGAAGUGUCCUGGGUGCAGAAUCAUCGGGGUAGACCCGGAAGGGUCCAUCCUUGCGGAGCCCGAAGAGCUGAACCAGACAGACCAGACCUUCUACGAGGUGGAAGGGAUUGGCUACGACUUCAUCCCCACGGUGCUGGACAGGGCGGUGGUGGACAAGUGGUUCAAGAGCAACGACGAGGAGUCCUUCGCCUUUGCGCGCAUGCUGAUUGCACAGGAAGGACUGCUGUGUGGUGGCAGCUCCGGCAGCGCCAUGGCUGUGGCUGUGAAGGCGGCCCAGGAUCUGCAGGAGGGUCAGCGCUGUGUGGUCAUCCUGCCCGACUCUGUGCGGAACUACAUGUCCAAGUUCCUGAGUGACAAGUGGAUGCUGCAGAAGGGCUUUUUGAAGGAGGAGGACCUCUUGGUGAAGAGGCCGUGGUGGUGGCACCUGCGAGUUCAGGAGCUGAGCCUGUCGGCCCCGCUGACUGUGCUGCCCACCGUCACCUGUGAGCACACCAUCACCAUCCUCCGCGAGAAGGGCUUCGACCAGGCGCCUGUGGUUGAGGAGUCGGGGGCCAUCCUGGGGAUGGUGACUCUUGGGAACAUGCUGUCGUCCCUGCUUGCUGGGAAGGUGCAGCCGUCAGACCAAGUCUGCAAAGUCCUCUACAAGCAGUUCAAACCGAUCCGCCUGACGGACACGCUGGGCACCCUCUCGCACGUCCUGGAGAUUGACCACUUUGCCCUGGUGGUCCAUGAGCAGAUCCAGUCACGGGACCAGGCCUGGUCAGGAGUGGUGGGGGGGCCUGCAGACCACAGCAAUGGCAAGUCCAGCGAGCGGCAGAUGGUGUUUGGGGUUGUCACGGCCAUUGACCUGUUGAACUUCGUGGCAGCUCGCGAGGAGGAUGGGAAAUGA